GAAUCCAUGAACCAAUCUGGCAAAACCAGUUUCCUGGUGUAGCCGAGUUUCUAUUGAAGAUUGAGAGAGGGACGACGAAGAACAAGGAGAAGAAGAAGCUUUGGCUAUGGGGAUCGAUUACUACAGGAUUCUUCAGGUGGAUCGCGCCGCCAAAGAUGACGAUUUGAAGAAAGCUUAUCGGAAACUGGCCAUGAAAUGGCAUCCAGACAAGAACCCUAACAACAAAAAAGAAGCCGAGGCCAAAUUCAAGCAGAUCUCUGAAGCUUACGAUGUUCUGUCCGAUCCCCAAAAACGAGCAAUCUACGAUCAAUACGGAGAAGAAGGGCUGAAGAAUCAGGUUCCGCCGCCCGGCACCGGCGGAUUUCCAGGAGGAGCAGAUGGUCCGACGUCGUUCAGGUUCAAUCCGAGAAGCGCCGAUGACAUCUUCUCCGAGUUCUUUGGCUUCUCACGGCCCUUCGGCAUGGGCGGUGACUCACGUGCUGGCCCCUCUGGGUUUCGGUUCGGCGAAGAUAUCUUCGCAUCGUUCAGGUCCCCGGCUGGAGAACCCUCGAAUGUGCCGAGGAAGGCAGCUCCAAUAGAGAGGCAGUUGCCUUGUAGCUUGGAGGAUCUUUACAAAGGAAUCACCAAGAAGAUGAAGAUCUCACGGGAUGUCAUCGACUCUAGCGGGAGACCCGCGACAGUGGAGGAGAUCUUGACAAUAGAAAUCAAGCCCGGGUGGAAGAAAGGGACGAAGAUAACGUUCCCGGAGAAAGGAAACGAGCAGAGAGGAAUCAUACCGUCGGAUCUUGUCUUCAUCAUAGAUGAGAAGCCUCACGCCGUUUUCAAACGAGACGGGAAUGACCUCGUCCUUACUCACGACCCUGGACGGGCGGACAUUAACGGUACCUGUCAACAACGUGAUCAGCCCUUCGUACGAAGAGGUCGUGAAGGGGGAAGGCAUGCCAAUUCCAAAGGACCCUUUGAAAAGGGGGAACUUGAGAAUCAAAUUCAACAUAAAGUUCCCGUCAAGGCUCACCGGCGAGCAGAAAACGGGGAUCAAACGGUUGUUAAUGUCUUAGCCGGUGGAUUGAUAGCUUAUAACUUCUCUCUCUCUCUCUCUCUCUCUCUCUCUCUCUCUCUCUCUCUCUCUCUCUCUCUCUGCAGCGUUUGAUUCCUGUUUUGUUCUUUCUUUUUGGAAUUGGUUUAGGAACUGUUAAUUAUAUGAUCAUCAAAUGACGCCGUUUACCUUUUGUAGUGAGAUUUCUCAGGGACCGUCUUUGUUUUUGGUUUUUUGAACUGUGUUCUCCUGAGCUUCAAUCUGUGAGUUAUAAAGGAUAAUCUAUCUUCAUGUUCAUUU